UUGUUGACUGGAUCGCCAUAUUUGAAGUCUGGUUAUGCAAUUUGUUAGCUACGACUCGUGAAGUCCCUGUUUUUUACCAGUUAGUUCAGAUUUAAACUUCUGUAUAUCAACUAGGAGCCAUCACCAUGGCCAAGCCUUUAACAAGGUUGCACUCAAGUGGACUGCAGGGAGGGCAGCUACACUCGUUGUGUCGUACUUUGGUUGGCACAAGAUUGUCUUCUACAGCAGCAGCUCCACCUCAGACCAAAACAUCUUUUGGGAACUUGAAGGAUGAAGAUCGUAUCUUUACAAACUUGUAUGGUCGCCAUGAUUGGAAGUUGUCUGGAGCACGUAAAAGGGGUGACUGGUAUAAAACAAAAGAAAUCAUACUGAAAGGGCAGGACUGGAUCAUCAAGGAAAUCAGGAAAUCUGGAUUGCGAGGACGAGGGGGGGCAGGUUUUCCAACUGGUAUGAAGUGGGGGUUUAUGAACAAACCAGGAGAUGGAAGACCCAAGUACCUAGUUGUGAAUGCAGAUGAGGGAGAACCAGGGACCUGUAAAGACAGAGAGAUCAUGAGACACGAUCCACACAAACUUAUUGAAGGUUGCCUGGUGGCUGGUGCAGGCAUGGGUGCCAGAGCUGCAUACAUCUACAUCCGAGGGGAAUUCUACAAUGAAGCAUCCAACAUGCAGUUGGCGAUUAACGAAGCCUACAAGGAGGGGCUGAUCGGAAAAAAUGCAUGCGGAAGUGGAUAUGAUUUUGAUGUUUACAUGCACAGAGGAGCUGGAGCAUACAUCUGUGGAGAGGAAACGGCGUUGAUUGAAAGUUUGGAAGGGAAACAAGGAAAACCCAGACUUAAGCCUCCUUUCCCUGCAGACGUUGGAGUGUUUGGCUGCCCCACUACUGUGGCAAAUGUGGAAACUGUUGCUGUUGCACCGGCCAUUUGCAGGAGAGGAGGUGACUGGUUUUCUUCGUUUGGUCGACCAAGAAACACUGGUACCAAGUUAUUCAACAUAUCUGGUCAUGUUAACAAUCCGUGUACUGUCGAGGAAGAGAUGUCUGUUCCCCUAAAGCUGCUCAUUGAAAAGCACGCCGGAGGAGUACUUGGUGGUUGGGACAACCUUUUGGCAGUUAUUCCAGGAGGCUCGUCAACCCCGCUUAUUCCAAAAAGUGUUUGUGAGGAUGUGCUGAUGGACUUCGAUGCUUUAGUCGAGGCACAGACUGGUUUGGGAACUGCUGCCAUUAUCGUGAUGAACAAGCAGUGCGAUCUCAUCCUUGCCAUUGCGCGACUUAUUGAAUUUUACAAACACGAGAGCUGUGGUCAGUGCACGCCCUGCAGGGAAGGCUGUAGUUGGAUGACUACUAUCAUGUACAGAUUUGUCGAGGGUAAAGCAACACCAGAUGAAAUUGACAUGCUUUGGGAGCUCAGCAAACAGAUUGAAGGGCACACCAUCUGUGCAUUGGGUGACGGUGCUGCUUGGCCGGUGCAGGGAUUAAUCCGCCAUUUUAGGCCAAUGCUGGAAGAGAGGAUGGCAGAAUACGCCGCCAAACAAGAGAAGGGCUCCACAGCAGCUUAAAAAUACAGACGUUAAUUCAGUUGGGGUUGACUUGUACAGAUUAUCAAAUAAGUGGGUUUUUGUAGACUCGCAAAAUGACCUUCAAAAAUGACCUUCAAAAAUUUUCUUUUUUACUGGAAUACUCGUUCAUUAAGAGUUUGAGGUAGAACGUCAGAAGUUUGUACGUUUACUGGAUCGUAAGUGUCAUCCUUUUAAUUGCGGUGGAAAGCGCAAGAUUAGUUGUUGAUAAAAUGUAAACGCUUUUUUGUCUCGAAAUUCUGCUGGUUUUGUCCAGUUUGGGAUUGCAAUCCUAAUUAAAACGAAGGGUUGAAAGUUGA